CUGACCUUGAACUUGUGAUCCUCCUGCCUCACCCUCCUGAGUUGCUUGUGCCACCACUACUUAUUCCCCGAUAAAGAUCCAUCCAGGGUCCAGGAUGACGAUCCGACACCAGGGCCAGCAGUACAGGCCGAGGAUGGCAUUUCUCCAAAAGAUUGAAGCGCUUGUGAAGGACAUGCAGAACCCAGAGACGGGGGUCAAGAUGCAGAACCAGAGGGUCCUGGUCACCAGUGUCCCUCACGCCAUGACAGGAGGCGAUGUUCUACAAUGGAUCAUCCAGCGUCUCUGGAUCUCCAACCUGGAGGCRCAGAACUUGGGUAACUUCAUUGUCAAGUAUGGCUACAUUUACCCCCUGCAAGACCCCAAGAAUCUCAUUCUCAAGCCUGACAGCAGUCUCUACAGAUUUCAGACGCCGUAUUUUUGGCCCACACAGCAGUGGCCUGCUGAAGAUACAGAUUAUGCCAUCUAUCUAGCCAAGAGAAAUAUCAAGAAGAAAGGAAUUUUAGAAGAAUAUGAAAAGGAAAAUUACAAUUUCUUGAACAAAAAAAUCAACUACAAGUGGGACUUUGUCAUUAUGCAGGCCAAAGAACAGUACAGGGCUGGAAAGGAAAGGAACAAGGCCGACAGGUACGCGCUGGACUGCCAGGAGAAGGCCUACUGGCUGGUGCACCGAUGCCCUCCGGGAAUGAACGACGUGCUGGACUAUGGCCUGGACCGAGUGACCGAUCCAAAUGAAGUCAAGGUAAACCAGAAACAAACAGUCACUGCUGUCAAAAAAGAGAUCAUGUAUUACCAACAGGCCUUGAUGAGGUCCACCGUGAAGUCGUCCGUGUCCCUUGGAGGGAUUGUCAAGUACAGCGAGCAAUUCUCAUCUAACGACGCCAUUAUGUCGGGCUGCCUCCCUAGCAAUCCUUGGAUAACGGACGACACCCAGUUCUGGGAUUUAAAUGCCAAAUUGGUGGAAAUCCCAACCAAGAUGCGUGUGGAACGAUGGGCCUUCAACUUCAGUGAGUUGAUCCGAGACCCCAAGGGGCGACAGAGCUUCCAGUACUUUCUCAAGAAAGAAUUCAGUGGGGAGAAUCUGGGGUUCUGGGAAGCCUGUGAGGACCUGAAGUAUGGAGAUCAGUCCAAGGUCAAGGAGAAGGCGGAGGAGAUUUACAAACUGUUCCUGGCCCCGGGAGCCAGGCGGUGGAUAAACAUAGACGGCAAGACCAUGGACAUCACGGUGAAGGGGCUGAAGCACCCCCACCGCUACGUGCUGGACGCUGCGCAGACCCACAUCUACAUGCUCAUGAAGAAGGAUUCCUAUGCUCGCUAUUUAAAAUCUCCCAUCUAUAAGGAAAUGCUGGCCAAAGCUAUCGAACCUCAGGAGACCACCAAGAAAAGCUCCACCCUGCCGUUCAUGAGGCGCCACCUGCGCUCCAGCCCGAGCCCGGUCAUCCUGAGGCAGCUAGAAGAAGAAGCCAAGGCUCGAGAAGCAGCCAACACGGUGGACAUCACCCAGCCAGGCCAGCACAUGGCUCCCAGCCCCCACCUGGCUGUGUACACUGGGACCUGCGUGCCCCCCUCUCCUUCCAGCCCCUUCUCCUCCUCCUGCCGCUCCCCCAGGAGGCCCUUCCCCUCGCCCAGCCGCUUCAUCAGGAGGCCCAGCAGCACCAUCUGCCCCUCGCCCAUUCAGGUGGCCUUGGAGGGCUCCUCAGCCUUGGAGCCCAAGGGGGAGCCCAGCUGGUCAAGYGUGCAGCGCGGCGCCCUCAUGGCCGAGAGCAGCGAGGCCUCCCUCGACGGCCCCGGGCCCCGCGGCCAGCCCCGGGCCCUGCCCAAGGCCCGCGCGGCCCUGUCCUUCAGCAGGUUCCUGAGACGGGGCUGCCUGGCCUCGCCSGUCUUUGCCAGGCUCUCACCCAAGUGCCCUGCGGUGUCCCACGGAAAGGUGCAGCCCCUGGGGGACGGGGGCCAGCUGCCGCGGCUGAAACCCAAGAGGGUGACAAACUUCUUCCAGAUCAAAAUGGAUGUGCCCAUAGAGAGCGGACCCUGCCUGAUGGACUCGGACGACACUGGAGAGUCUGGUGACCAGGCCACAGAAAAGGAGGUCAUCUGCCCCUGGGAGAGCCUGGCUGAGGGGAAGGCAGGCUGAGCCGGGCCGGGGGCCCCGAAGAUGCUCGUGGCAGACACUGCUGGACAGGGCCACGGGGCAUGCUUGCUC